UUUAGUGGGCGCACACAAGGUCACCUUACGUGCAGUAUGGGACCUUUACCUUGGGGCCUCUAUAAGAGUCGUUGUGAAGUGACGGUGUUAAUCAGCUGACACUAGUCUGCGCUUCGCCAUGACUGCUCAGGAGAACGGCAAUGCUGGAAUGGGAGGCGAUACUCGUGAAGCCAAGGAGCAUAACAGUGGUGACAAUAUCCCAGUAAAUGUUGAUAAGUGCUCGUAUAUUCGUGUACCUGAUGAUUACGUAAAGGCUCAUGGACACGAGAGUGACAGCGUGGAUCUUAAGGAUGCGGACGGAUUGAAGCUGUGCUCGGAACCUGAUGCUGAGGAUAAUGAUGGGGAUGAGGAGGAUGAGGAUGAAGGUCUUCCUGUCGACAGAGGCUGGGCGUGGAUUAUUCUGGCAGGUAGUUUCAUCAAUAUUGGCUUGAUGAUCGGCUAUAGCCGUGGACUUGCCAUGCUGUUUGUUGAGUAUCUGAAAGUAUUCGGCGCAUCGACGGCUAAAACAACACUUCUAAUGGGAGUCAAUGCUGCGUUUUACAGCUUCGGUGCUCUUAUUUCCAUGCAUAUAAUCGUCAGUUUAAUCGGGAUCAGAAAGACCUUACUUCUUGGAGCAACAAUAACAUGCAUUGGAAUGAUGACAGCUAUCUUCGCAACAAGCAUCGACUUUCUUAUUGGGACACACAGCAUAUUAAUCGGACUCGGGAACUCUAUGAUUUAUGGACCAUCUAUGGUAAACAUUGGCCAUUAUUUCAAGAAACGCCGAGGCCUGGCAUCAGCAGCCGCAAUGUCAUCAGUCAGCUUCGGCGGGAGUGUAUUUCCGCCAUUAGUUAGAUAUCUCUUGGAUGAGUUCGGUCUCUUUGGUACCAUGACUAUUCUGACCGGUAUUGUCAUGAACAUGUUCGUCGGGGCUGCCGUCCAAAGACCAUUGGAAUCGUUCAGAAAGAAGACACCUGUCAAAAAACCCCACAACGGAAAAGGAUAUAACCCCACAUCUCAAGGAACACCCCAAAUCUUUGGUUAUCAGUGAGUUAAAGAGGAACGAGAUC